AUGAAGAAUCAUACAUCUGUAUCCACUUUUCUGCUCCUGGAAUUCUCAGAGGUCCGAGAACUUCAGAUCUUACAUUUCUUUGUAUUUCUAGCAUUGUAUCUCACAGCAGUAACAGGAAAUCUUCUCAUCAUCAUUGCCGUCACCAUGGAUUACCAGCUGCACACACCCAUGUACUUCUUCCUAUUGAACCUGGCCAUUCUGGACCUUGGCUCAGUUUCAGCCAUAGUCCCUAAAUCAAUGGUUGUGUCCCUUAUGAAUGACAGGUCCAUUUCUUAUUUUGGAUGUGUUGCUCAACUUUUAUUUUAUUUCUAUUUUGCAACAUUGGAUUUUAUUAUCUUAACCAUAAUGGCACAUGAUCGCUACAUCGCAAUCUGCAACCCACUUGAGUAUGAGACUAUUAUGAAUGAAAGAAACUGCCUUGAGAUGGUGGCCACUGGAUGGAUAUUUAGUGUCUUUUAUGCCACAUUGCACACAUGUGCCACCUUUGCAAACACCUUCUGUACUAAUAGUAUCAAUCAGUUCUUCUGUGAAAUUCCACAUUUGUUAAAGGCUUCUUGUUCCAAUAUUUACUUAGUUGAAGUUGGAUUUCUUGCACUAAGCUGUGGUGUAGCACUAGGAUGUCUUAUCUUCAUUAUUGUAACAUACGUGAUGAUCUUUCUGGCAGUGCUGAGAAUCCCAUCUGUUCAUGGGCAGAAAAAGGCUCUCUCUACUUGUAUUCCUCACCUUACUGUUGUCUCUCUGUAUGUGUUAACUGGAAUCUUUGCCUAUGUAAUACCCCCUCAUGAUUCUUCUUCUUUUUUGGAUAUGGCUUUUUCUGUGACAUACUCCAUAAUUGCUCCCACACUCAAUCCAUUCAUCUAUAGUAUGAGAAACAAUGAGAUCAAGGCUGCCUUGUGGAAACUUUUAAAAUAG